AUGGGAAACUCUGAAAUUCUUCCUAUUUAUGGAAUUUCAAACUUUGUCAACAAAAAUCUCCCGAUUGAAGACUCAUGCAGCUUAACUUCCCAUUCGCUGCCUAUUGACCUGACUUCAAUAGUGCCUGAAUCUACAGAAGACAUUCUCUUGAAGGGUUUUGCUUCCUUAGGAAUGGAAGAAGAAAGAAUUGAGACUGCACAGCAGUUUUUUUCAUGGUUUGCAAAGCUGCAAACUCAGAUGGAUCAGGAUGAAGGAACAAAAUAUAGACAGAUGAGGGAUUACUUGUCUGGGUUUCAGGAGCAGUGUGAUGCUAUAUUGAAUGAUGUAAACAGUGCUCUUCAGCAUUUGGAGUCGUUGCAGAACCAGUAUCUAUUUGUGUCUAAUAAGACAGGAACCCUCCAUGAAGCCUGUGAGCAGCUCCUAAAAGAACAGUCGGAACUUGUUGAUCUGGCUGAAAAUAUUCAACAAAAGCUUUCUUAUUUUAAUGAAUUGGAAACUAUUAAUACAAAAUUGAAUUCUCCUACUUUGUCUGUAAAUAGUGAAGGAUUUAUACCUAUGCUGGCCAAGUUAGAUGACUGUAUAACCUAUAUUUCAUCUCAUCCUAAUUUUAAAGAUUAUCCUGUAUACUUAUUGAAGUUUAAACAGUGUCUUUCUAAAGCAUUGCACCUCAUGAAGACAUACACUGUGAAUACACUACAGACUCUCACAAAUCAGUUACUUAAAAGGGACCCUUCAUCUAUACCUAAUGCAGACAAUUCCUUCACACUAUUUUAUGUGAAAUUUCGAGCUGCUGCCCCCAAAGUCAGAACUCUUAUUGAACAAAUAGAAGAACGAUCUGAAAAGAUACCUGAAUACCAGCAGCUGCUGAAUGAUAUCCACCAAUGUUACCUUUCCCAACGGGAGCUCCUUUUGGGCCCUAGUAUUGCGUGUACUGUCACAGAGUUAACCAGCCAAAAUAAUAGAGACCAUUGUGCCUUGGUUCGCAGUGGCUGUGCCUUCAUGGUCCAUGUGUGCCAGGAUGAGCACCAACUUUACAAUGAAUUUUUCACGAAAUCGACACCAAAGUUAGAUGAGCUUUUGGAGAAACUGUGUAUGUCAUUGUAUGAUGUCUUCAGGCCGUUGAUCAUUCAUGUCAUUCAUUUAGAGACUCUGUCUGAACUUUGUGGGAUUCUUAAAAAUGAAGUGCUUGAAGAUCAUGUACAGAACAAUGCUGAACAACUAGGGGCAUUUGCAGCUGGAGCAAAGCAGAUGUUGGAAGAUGUACAAGAGCGGCUUGUGUAUCGAACUCAUAUCUAUAUUCAGACGGACAUCACAGGGUACAAACCAGCUCCUGGAGACCUGGCAUAUCCUGAUAAGUUAGUCAUGAUGGAGCAAAUUGCACAGAGUUUAAAAGAUGACCAGAAGAAGCUACCUUCAGAAGCUUCAUUUUCAGAUGUUCGGUUAGAAGAAGCAGAUUCUAAUAGUCUAACAAAAUCUGGUUCAACAGAAUCCCUCAAUCCUAGACCACAUACCACAAUUUCUCCAGCAGAUCUUCAUGGAAUGUGGUAUCCUACAGUUCGAAGAACUCUUGUCUGUCUCUCCAAAUUAUACAGAUGCAUAGAUAGGGCUGUGUUCCAAGGAUUAUCACAGGAAGCAUUGUCAGCCUGCAUUCAGUCCUUACUUGGAGCAUCAGAGUCUAUCACCAAAAACAAGACUCAGAUUGAUGGACAGCUUUUCUUAAUUAAGCACCUUUUGAUUCUUCGUGAACAAAUUGCUCCAUUUCACACUGAAUUCACCAUUAAGGAAAUUUCCCUGGACCUCAAGAAAACUAGAGAUGCAGCAUUUAAAAUCCUGAACCCUAUGACCGUUCCAAGAUUUUUUAGGCUGAGUAGCAACAAUGCCUUGAUAGAGUUCUUGUUGGAGGGUACUCCUGAGAUAAGAGAACAUUAUCUUGACUCUAAAAAAGACGUAGACCGGCAUCUGAAAUCAGCCUGUGAGCAGUUUAUUCAGCAGCAGAGCAAGCUGUUUGGAGAGCAGCUGGAGGAGUUCAUGACAAAGGUUUCAGCAUUAAAAGCAAUGGCCAGCCAAGGAGGCCCCAAGUAUAGCCUUUCCCAGCAGCCUUGGGCACAGCCAGCGAAGGUUAGUGACCUUGUCGCAACUGCCUAUAAGACAAUAAAAGCAAAGCUUCCUCUGACAUUGAGAAGCAUGUCAUUGUACCUAUCCAAUAAAGAUACAGAGUUCAUCUUAUUUAAACCUGUUAGGAAUAACAUUCAGCAAGUCUUUCAGAAGUUCCAUUCUCUGUUAAAGGAGGAGUUCAGCCCUGAAGAUAUCCAGAUCAUCGCUUGUCCUUCCAUGGAACAGGUAAACCUUCUGCUGUCCAUUCCUAAAUAAGCGGGCUGGUCAGGAAGGAAUGGGCUGAGAGGUCUUGCAGUCUGCAGGACUCAGGACUUCUUCAUGGGACUGUCCCCAAGACCCACAUGCGUGUGCUACUCAGUGCUGACAGAAGGAAACAUAAGCAAAAUGUUGAAAAGAUUGGUGUUUCCCUCUUGAAAACAUCAACAUGCCAAAGAUGAAUGGAUGUGUAGUGAUCCUCAUUUAAAUGUAAGUUUUUGAGAGGUAGUCAAGGAGCUUGAAGUGAAGUGCUUCUUCAUAAAAGUUGUGCAAUAAAAAUAGUUUAUGUUGAAUAGUGCUAAGAACUUUAUGGAAACUGUAUGGAAAUGCAGCUGAUGAGAAAGCUGCUAGAGGUAAGGUUUGCUAAUGCAUGAAACAUGACAACACUUUUAACCACUGAGCAUUCCACAGUGACUAUUUUUUUACUUCUACAAACCUUAUUUCUUUUGAGACAAGGCCUCACUGUGUAGUUCAGGCUG